AUGGGUGACUUUACAAGCCGUAGCAGGAAGGAGAUUGGUGGCGAGACUCCCAUCAUCGGUGAAGGGCUGACAGCCAAAGUGGUUUUUGGUGUCGGCGAGCGGCAGAAGAGGGGCGCGUACAAUUUGGAAAGAAAGAAGCAAGAAGGAGAUGGAGGCGGUGUUGAAGAAGAAGAAAAUGAAGGUGGCUGUAAAAGGAGGGGAGGGAGGACCGGUGGGAAAGAAGGUGAAAGAGGAGGUAGUGGAGUUGUCCCCAAGUCAGCAGGGGAGACCAGGGCUGAUAUAGGAGCGAAGAAAGAUGGAAGAAGCGACCCUGGUGGCUGCCCUGCUGGGCAAGGCAGUGGGGGGGAAGAUGGAGGUAGAGCCGCUAAAGGCCCAAUUGGAAGGGGUGCGGGCGUAAUUACAAAACUUAAGGGCGAAGAUGACGGAUUAGAGAAAGGUAGCGCGCAGCGUUCGCACGAAGGGUCUGGUCUAUGCUCAGAGGGCGAAGAGGAUGAAGGUUUUGGUGGUGGUGCAGUGAUACUUGGCCGAGCACGCCAGGGUGAGCCAGGUUAG